AUGGGGCGAGCAGGCUACGACACAACCUACGUCUGCACGACAACCGACUCCGCUGCAACGACCGCAAUCGCAAUGGCCGAUGCCCAACGCGCCAAAGACGCUAAAACAGCAGAACAAGCAGUAAAAGCAGCCACCGAAGCCAAACUCAUCAAAAACAAGCAUUCGCGUGGGAUCGUGGCUGCGAGAUUGGCGAUGCAGGAGAGGACUACUUCUGCUGCGACAAAAAAGGAGGGAGAGGCCGUGACUUCAUAA